UUAUAUCAACAUGGCGGAAGACCUCUUUAACCAUGCCUUAAACGCUGCAUUAAGAAAAAGAAAUAUAACGUAUAAUCUUAAAACAUUACAAAAAGAAUGCAUACAAUCAGUUUUAGAACAUAAAGAUGUUUUUGGUAUGUUGCCAACUGGCUACGGCAAAAGCCUUAUUUACACUGUCCUACCGGAUUUAUUUUUUAUACACCAGCAGCUUUCAAUUGUCAGCAAUAUCACACCUGUACUUGAGCGUGAUACUUCUAUUAUAAUUGUAAUUUCACCUCUCGUUAGUUUAAUGAAGGACCAAGAAAUCGCUUUCAACACUAUGGGUAUCGACUGUGCCUAUCUUGGUGACAUGGACGAUAAAGUGAAACUUAAAAACAUAGAGAAUGGUCUGGUACCAAUAUUAUUAAUGAGUCCAGAGAGUCUAUUUAGUGGUAAAUGGAGAAAUUUGUUGACAAAUAAAGUAUAUCAGUGUCAUUUAUCAGCAAUUGUAAUAGAUGAAGCUCACUGUGUUGAAGAAUGGUGUGUUAUUAGAUUAGUUCAAUAAUGGA